CACAGCACAAACCAAAAAAAGAAGUCCCGCGCGGCGCCACCGCGACGAUGCUUCCGGCACCUCCUCCGUUCUCCCACGGCGACUUCGUCGGCGUUCUCUCCCGCUGCGCCACCCUCGCUCACCUGAAGCAGCUCCAUGCCCACUCCGUCGUCACCGCCCGCGCCGCCACGCAACCCACCACCUUCCACCUCCUCCGUUUCGCAUCCCUCCGCCUCUCCUGCCUCCCCUACGCCCGCCGCCUCUUUGACUCCACGCCCUAUCCCAAUGUCUUCCUCUACUCCGCCAUGCUCUCUGCCUACGCCGCCGCAUCCCCCGCGCAGGCGUACGCCCAGGACGCCCUCGCCCUCUUCCUCCGUAUGCUCCGCCGCGGCCGCUCCGCGCCCAACCAGUUCGUCUACCCGCUGGUCCUCCGCGCCGCCUGCGUCGUCGGCGUACAGCUGGUUAGGUCGAUCCAUUCCCACGCCUACAAGAGCGGGUUCCACGCGCAUGAUGUUGUAAGGACUUCGCUGCUUGAUGGGUACUCGAGGUAUGGCAUGAUGCUGGACGCACGAAAGCUGUUUGAUGGUUUGACCGAGAGGAAUGUGGUCUCCUGGACCGCGCUACUGUCCGGCUACACAAGGGCCGGGAAGGUCGGAGACGCGAUUGUUCUGUUUGAACGGAUGCCCGAGAGGGAUGUGGCUGCGUGGAAUGCGAUGAUCGCUGGCUGCACGCAGAAUGGAUUGUUUCUGGAGGCUCUGGGGAUUUGUAGCAGGAUGGUGGAAGAGGGGUUCCGGCCGAAUGGGACCACAGUUGCUUGUGUGCUGUCUGCAUGUGGGCACCUUGGGAUGCUGAAAAUCGGGAAGGUCAUCCAUGGUUAUGCGUGGAGGAGCUGUGUUGGUUUUGGCUCGUCUGUUGUGAAUGGGUUGAUUGAUAUGUAUGGCAAAUGCGGGACUUUGAAGGGGGCGAGGUGGAUGUUUGAUGAGUUUUCCGACAAGAGUCUGACCACAUGGAAUUGUCUGAUUAAUUGCCUUGCACUACAUGGGCACAGCAAGAGUGCAAUUGCUGUCUUCGGUGAGAUGAGGAACGCAGGAAUUGAACCUGAUGAGGUUACAUUUGUGGGACUGUUAAAUGCGUGCACCCAUGGUGGAUUUGUCGAUGAAGGGCUUAUGUACUUUGAACUCAUGUGCGAUGAGCUGAGAAUUGAGCCAGAGAUUGAGCAUUAUGGGUGUAUCAUUGACCUUCUUGGUCGAGCAGCACGAUUUGAAGAUGUAAUGAAUGUAAUCAAAGAUAUGAAAGUCCAACCAGAUGAGGUCAUUUGGGGGUCACUUCUCAAUGCCUGUAGGGUACACAGACAGCUAGAGCUUGCUGAGUUUGCUAUAAGAAAAUUACUGCAGUUGAACCCGAACAAUGUUAAUUAUGUUGUGAUGCUGGCAAACUUAUACAGUGAAGGUGGAUCCUGGGAACAGGUUACGAAGGUAAGGAAGCUGAUGCAGGAGGAUAUGGGCAAGAAAGUGCCUGGUUGUAGUUGGAUCGAGGUGGAUCGCAAGACACACAUGUUUUACUCUGGUGACGAUACUCAUCCUGUAUCAGAGGAUAUCUGUAACACUCUUGUGGAAUUAGUGGCCUCAAUGGAAAUGUGCCAGGAUUAAUUUCUUAUAGACGCAACAGGAGUUCUGCCUGUAUAGUAUUAUGAGAAGUAGACAUUACAGGCUGAAGCCUAAAUAGAAGAAAAGCCCAUGAGGAUUGAUUUGGAUAGAUUGAUAGUUUUAUUUUGAAAGUCGGAAACUUCUAUUCCGUAAGUGAAGUGGGGUAAAUUGAAAUUUUUGACCGAGGCUGAUUAGGAGUUAUGUUGGAUGUACGCAUGAAGGUGUUCCCUCGAACCCCACUAUCAAGUUACUCCAUGCCAGAGGUAGUACUUAUGCCAGUACUGUACUGUACUUCUGUAGGGACUGAUGUGUUACUAUUUCAUAGCGCAAUUGGUGCAUAAGGUAUGCAUGUAUUUUCAUGUCAUUCAUAUUGAUUAUUUAAGUUAUGAAUGACCUUAUAUAUUUAUGUUAAUCUUAUUAAUUGGUGUCGGUUUCAUAAUCAGUAGUGCUGCUAGCAGUCCCACAUUCAGUCCCACGUGUAGCUUCCCUAUCUUUUGUCUUCACUGCUGUUCUGUUGAUUAGAUCGAUGUUCUGUGUUUCCAUUGGUUAGUGACUAUUGCCUGACAAUCUGAUAUGCCAUUUUGUGUUGUGACUGGUGGAAGGUAGCGUACUAUCUAGUUAGGGAUGAAAAUGGAGCGAAAACUUUCUGUUUUUUCAGAGGAAAAAUGGAAACGGACAGGAAAUAUGAAAAUGGAAAUGGAAAUUUGCAAAACGGAAAUGGAAAUGGAAUUUUUUAAUGUGGAAAUGGAAACAAAAACGGAAUGGCGUUUUCCGGUGGAACAGACGUGGAAAUGGAACUUUCUGUUUCCGUGAAUAUGGACUUUCUGUUUUCAAUAUUGGCCUGGCCUAUAGCUGCUUUGUAGCACAACCACCAAACAACACACAAUGACACAAUGAGCAGAAUCGAUCAUUUAGGCCCAACUUCAAUAUCACACACGUACUCCACUAGAUCCUAUAUGCAAUUGUCCAGUACUACUACAAUGCUAUGCUAAGUUGCUAACAUAAUCAUAUUAUUUUGUAGCCAUGUUAACAAUUCAUUAAAUUUGUUUCUGUGUAUUUCUCUAUGAUUCAUGGCGUUUUUAAGUUCCGCUCAACGCCCACUUUUGUUACCGUGUCCGCUCUGUAUUCGCUCUGUGUCUGUUUUCGGUUAUCUGUCUCCGUAUUCAUUUUUGGGGUUUCUGUAUUUGUUUCUGCAUCUGCAAAAAAAUAUGGAAACAAAUGUGGCAGCACCCAGUUCUGUCCGUGUCCGCUCCGUUUUCAUCCCAUCUAGUAUCUAUCAAUAGUAACAUGUCAAACAGAAAUUGACCGCCUCUAUGGUGUAGAAACUUGUCCUCGAUAGAAUACUCACUCAUUUUCCCCUCUUUCUUGGUUUGCCACUUUAUUAAGAUGCAUAUCAUCUUACUUCAUAUAACCUACACUGUGAUGUUCGAUUUGCUUGUUCUCCAAACUUUUCUAGGAUGAUGACUCAGUUGAUUUAGUAAAAACAGGAUUGACUAUAGGAUCUCAUGAGUAUGUUUGGGUUAGUGCAACUGUUCAAGCAAGCCACACAUUUAUAAUCAGUCACCUAACCCUUUCUAAAGCAUUGGUGGUUUUGGAAAUAUACUGCAAAAAAAGUGAUCAUGCUGAGUAUAUCACAUAUGACUGUUCUCAAAGCAUGGUUUCAUUGUGUAUCGGCAAAACUUUUCAAAACAUGGCAGACGGAGAAGAUCACAACUAGUCUGGUUUGCGAUGGCUUAAGUGAAAUUUGUUUUUCUCUCGGUUCCAGCUACCAUCAUGUUGCAUUAUUUUGGAUAGGAAAAGUGAAGUGUUGAAGAUAUAUUACUGUUAAUUGGAGGGUCUAGUUAAAAUAUACACUUGUGUGUUUCCUAAUUAUAUAUGAGAACUCCGUUUUGUUUUGAUAGGAUAUGUUGGAUUUAUACAUUUAUAUAGUAGUACAAAUGACUGAAUCAAACUAUAAAAUUGUUGCUAAAUUACUGGAAGCAAUCAACUUUGCUGCAUGCAUUUUAAUGUAGCAGUAGCAAAGACCAUGCUUGGAAGUUGGAACUAUCCUUUGCUGAUAGGUUAGCUUUGUAAAAUAUUUAUGCAAACUUAUGAAGUCCAGAUAAAAAAAUAUGAGUUGGCAAAACCAGUUCUAUCAAAUGCAGAACUGUUACCCUUUGUGGAGCCUUGCAAUUGGCUGGGAAGCAAAAUAUCUUGUACCACCUAUUGAUCCACUUUAUUAUCACAGCUUAAAGCCUCUAUUGUUCUGUAACUGCUACUGUUAUUUACUAGUACCAAUUUGUUAGAUGCAUGUUUUUUGAUCCAAAAAGUGUAUUUACUCAGUCAAAUUGCUGGUUGCCACCAUUUGUACUUUCGUCAAGUUGAUAUUAUUAGUAAUCGGCCAUAGUAAGUUUCUGAUUUGUGGGCGGAUUUUAAACAUCCAUGCUGGAUGAUUUUGAAAACCAACAUCACCGUGCAUAAUGCUCCUGUCUCCUGCCAUUGUUUCUGUUUCUCUUUCCUGUACAGGAGGGCAAAAAGAAAGGAGACGAUAGAAGCUAAAGAUGGAGUGUAGAACAAAUGACAGAAGUUGUCUAACAUUUCCAUGCGUGUAUUUCAGCAGGUGAUUCUUUCAAGGGAAAAGAAGACCCAAGUUAGCAGAUGCGUGUAGCUUCCAUAUCUUCCUGCUCAGAAUGUGUCAAAUGGCAGGAUCGGGGGAGGACAUGGGGAAAUGAGCACCGGACAUUGCUGUUGCAAUCUAGAUAGAAGAAAAAUGGAGGUCGAAAAGGAUGGUGCAGAUUAUAGAACAAACAUGCAAGGUACAAUGCAGUGCACCAACAGCGUGAGACGGGGAAUAAAAGUGCUCCUUUACACUCGACCAGAGAAUAAUUCCAGCGAUGCCUUGCCAUGUAAACUGUGAACCGUAUGUUUCACCAUGAUAUGAUCAAUCCAAAAGCAGAUAAAAUCUUCGAUCCUUUCCUGUUGGCUAAU